GUCUCCACUUCUGGGGGUAAUUUUGUCAUUUUGUACACAAACCCAAAACCCCAUUCCUGCAUCUUUCCUUGCGUCCACUGUUCUCCUUCCACUCCAAAGAACUCAUCAGCAAGAACAACAGCAUUUUUCUCUCUCCAAUAUUCUUGGAUUCACGUUUUGCAGUCAGAGUAAGCUUCUUGGCUGAUGGCUUUGCGAGGUGUGUGGCAACUUCAAAAGUUGAUAGUGAGCUAUUGUGACUGGGGAGGAAGUAGCAGGGGUAUCAGGGCAUUUAUGGAAUCUCAUUUGCCAGCAUUCAAAGAAGGAAAUCCUCAGUUGGAGGUGGUUACUGAACUCAUUCGUGGCCAGCAUCCACAUUUAAAAGGCUAUUAUAAAAACAAAAAUCAGCGUGUGGUUUGCGUGAAGAAUUUAACACCCGAAGACGUUCUGUUACAUGCAACCCGGCUAAGGAACGCGCUAGGAAGGAAGGUGAUAAAGCUGAAGACGAGGCAUGUCACCAAGCAUCCAAGUGUGCAAGGUACCUGGACAACUGAUCUCAAGUUCUAAGGAUUUUGGGCCCUCUGUUUAGGCUGCACACCUUGUCAUCAUGUAUGGUGUCAAAGCACAAGGCGUCACUCCAUCGAUUGAUCUUGUUGUUUGCGUUUGCAGUGAGAAGUUCAGGUGGAAGUGAACUGGCCCACUUAGAUUUAUGUUGCUAGAGAUUGAAUUGGACCAUCAUCUGGAAUGAGCCUGUGUACCCAUCCCAUCUGGUCAUGUGUAGUGGUAAUGCUGGGACAUGGUCACAUGGGUUUCAAUCCUCCCCAAAAUCAGAUACUGUUGAUUGUGCCUUUCUUUAGGUUUUACUUGGUAACUAGCAUACAUUGCAUCCUGUAUAAAUGGUUAUUUCCCCGUUUUCAUUUGGAAACGAGUGGAAAUCAAGGGAUUGCAAUUACCAUUUUAUCGAA